UCCGAUUUUAGUCGAACGGAUUGGUUUUUCUUCAAUAUUGGCUUUGCAUCCCUGGAAACAUUGCGUUUCCGGCUGCCUCUUCUCUGUUUGAGAGGAUUUCGAUUCGGUAAUCACAACGUAGUAUUGUGCUCCCACCGGCGGCUGCUAUUAGCUACGAAGAAGUCUCAUAGGAUUAGAGGUGGUUUUGAAGAAUCAUCAGGGGUCAUCGGAAUGAAUCAGGCGUUUUCAACCUAGAAAUCUCUAAUCAGGAUUUCACCAUUGCAUGUUUGCAGAGUUCAGGUUUUAAUAUCAUGUAUCGCCUCAAUAGUUCUGCACAGCUCAUGAUUGUCUCAGAUCUUGACUACACAAUGGUAGACCAUGAUGAUCCCGAGAACCUUGCCCUUCUUAAAUUUAAUGCCCUAUGGGAAGCUUACUAUCGUCAUGAUUCUCUGUUAGUUUUCUCAACUGGAAGGUCCCCUACAAUAUACAAACAGUUGAGGAAGGAGAAACCCAUUUUAACCCCCGAUAUAACUGUCCUGUCUGUUGGAACUGAGAUUAUGUAUGGUGAAUCAAUGGUACAAGAUCAUGAAUGGGAACAGUAUCUGGAUAAGAAGUGGAAUAGAAACAUAGUCACUGAAGAAACUGCAAAAUUUCCUGAACUCACACUCCAGCCAGAAACAGAGCAAAGACCUCACAAGGUUAGCUUUUAUGUUGAGAAAGUUCAGGCCUCAAAAAUAAUGAAAGCUCUGACAGAAUGCUUGGAAAAACGUGGGUUAGAUGUGAAAAUUACUUAUAGCGGCAGUAUAGCAUUGGAUGUAUUGCCAAAAGGUGCUGGUAAAGGACAAGCUCUCUCAUAUUUGUUGAAAAAGUUUCAAUACUACGGAAAACCACCUGCUAACACUCUUGUUUGUGGUGACUCUGGAAAUGAUGCUGAACUGUUCAGUGUUCCUGAUGUCUACGGUGUGAUGCAGGUCAGUAAUGCACAGGAAGAGUUGUUGCAGUGGCAUGCAGAAAAUGCAGGGAGUAAUCCUAAUAUAAUUCGUGCAUCUGAAAGAUGUGCAGCUGGGAUAGUACAGGCCAUUGGUAAUUUUGGUCUAGGCCCAAAUAUAUCUCCCAGAGACAUUUCUGACCUUCCAGCAAGCAAAGAACAGACUUUUAACCCAGGCCUUGAGGUAGUGAAGUUUUACUUGUUUUAUGAAAGAUGGAAGCGUGCAGAGGUCCAGAAGUCUGAGCUGUCUCUACAGAAAUUAAGAUCAGUCUUUUAUCCACCUGGUAUUUUUAUCCAUCCUUCUGGAUUUGAGCAGCAUCUCAACCAGUACAUAGAUGGGCUAGGAGCAUCCUAUGGAAACAAGCAAGGAACAAAUUUUCGGGUGUGGUUGGACCGAGUUUCCUUAGCACAGAUUGGUGUAGACGCAUGGCUGGUGAAGUUUGAUAAGUGGGAGCUUUCUGGUGACACGAGGGAACGUUGUCUGACCACAGUUUUACUGAGUUCAAAGGUUGAAGUUCCUGAUGGGUUCAGAUGGAUGCAUGUGCAUCAGACCUGGUUGGAUGGAUCAGGAAAGAGAGAGCAAAUUUCUGAAUAGACUAUAAAUGAAGGCUUGUGUAGAGACAUUGAAGAUACAAAAAAUCUGAAAACACUUGCAAGAGCAUUCAAUUAUCUCAAGGCAAAGAAAGUAUGUUGUGGUUGGAGCAUUGAAGGAAAUCCUCAUUUACACCUUCUUUGUUUUUGUUGUCUUCAAAGCUCUGUCAGUUGUAGUGUUUUUUUGUUGGCAUAAUUACUCACUUAAGUGAGGGGAUUCUCACUUUGGUGUGAGGGACUUGUUCUUACCUUCAAGAAGGUUGUUCUUGUUUUGGAAAAGGAUUUGUAUUGGUUUCUAGCUCCAUUAAAAUCUAGAGAUUCUACUUA